GAGUUGUAACUAGUCAAUAUUGAAUAUAUUGUUGGGAAUCUUGGGGAAACAUUUGUUGUGUCACUCACAUUCUCUUCAGAGAACUCAGAAGUGAACAGGCACCCUGAAUGUAGGAUGGCUAUUAUUUUACACACUGAGCGUGCUUGACUGGGUUGUUCUGGAACCACUUUGAACGCAAUUCCUAUUGUUUCCAGAACAGUGCCUUGGCAGGGGUAGAUAAAUCGCAAGGCCCAGGGCAACCACAUUUUAGAGUUGGGCAGAUUAAAAGAUGAAAUCAAAGAAGAAAGACAAUGUAACUAAUAGAGAGAACAGCAGUACCACAGAGAACACAGGACCAGAUGCCGACUUUGAUUUCUUUAGGAGAGUCCUUGACACCAUUCCACCAGCAUCCUUUUUCUCUGAAGAUGCAAAAGAGAAAUUGCUUCAGGAGAGUGAUGAAAGUGAAUCCGAGUCAGAUGAAGUAGAUGGAGAUAUGAGAAAAAGGAAAAAAGAACAAAAAUAUAAAGGAGAGAAGAAACAGAAAUUAAAUCUUCUUCAAAGUAAAACUGUAUCUCAAAUACAGUUUGAAUCAAAGCCAUCUGAAGAGGAGGAGCCAUAUAGCAAAAUAAAAGAAAAACAAAAGCACAAAGGGAAAAGCAACAAGAAAUCAAAUAAAGGGGAGGGAACUCCAGGCAUCAGCAAGGCAGCAAGGUUAGAUGGUCUCGGACAAAAGCUGCUGGAUAUGCAAAAGCUCAGCAAGGAACGGAAGUUAACAUCCACAGAACUACAGGAAGAGAAAAGGCUUAGAAGAAAACAGAGCAAAUUAAAAGGUCAAGUCCGACGAAAGAAGAAUAAAAACCCAGAAUUGAAAUCUUGUGGUCCAUUGAAUGGUGAUGCUACGGCUGGUUAUAGAUCACCUGAACGUCCUUCUGUGGUGGACAAGGGUGGCAAACUAGUGUUUAGCAAAUUUGACUUCACAAAGAAUGAUGAGAAAGAAAAACCCAAAAACUCUCUUCAUGGGAAAGAUUUUAAAAGACUAUUAGAAAAUAUUGAAAGGCGAAAAACAAAGAUAGAAAACUUGAAAGAAAAAGAUGCGGAAAAAGCAAAGAAACUGGAGCAAAAGAAUGCUUGGCAAAGUGUUAUGCUUCGUGCAGAGGGGGAAAAAGUCAAAGAUGAUCCCGCUUUGUUAAAGAAAGCUCUGAAAAAGAAAGAGAAAAUAAAAGAGAAAAAGAAAGCAAAAUGGGUGGAGAGACAGGACACCAUCAAUAAAAAGAUGGAGAAGAGACAAGAGAAAAGACAGAAAAAUAUCCUGGACCGAAAACAGGUCAAAAAGGAUAAGAAAAUGAAACUGGCCAAAAAGAAGGGCAGGAUGAUUCCCGGGUUUUAGUACUGUAACAGUAACUGUACAUUUACUGCUUUUUUUCUGUGUUUUAUAUAGUGGACACACAGAAAUUGUCACACUGUCUGGUGUUUUUCUGUCCAUCCAUCUGGAUGGAGUCACAUUUUCAUAGUGAUCAUCAGAAGUUUCUUAAAUAUUGUUAUAAUGAGAUAUGACACUUCAUGGAUUUCAAAGUCGCAUCUGCCAAGGCAGUUUUUUAAUCUUGUUAAUAAAAAAUGAAUACAUUUUGAUUAUCACUUUACAUAAGAAAAGCAUUUUUAGGAUUAUAGGUAUAAUUGAUAUGCUAGUUGUUUUGUCUCCAGUGUUGUGAUGUGUACAUGACAUUCAUGUAUAGGUUUCCAGAUUACACAUGUACAGUGAAUACUUGCUUAAUCAUGUGCUGUUUAUAGUCAAAGGUUACUUUGAUUAGUACGUCAGUUCAACUUAAACAGAUUUGUAGACUAAUUCAUAAAGAUAUACAGACAAAAUUGUGAAGUGCAAAUUAAAUUACAUUAAAUGUUUUAUGAUGACAUAUUUCAAUAAACAGUCUCGCAUGUUU